UCCGUGGGUGCGUCGGCAGUAUUUGCGCGUCUAUAAAACCCGUCCCUGCCUUCAUCCCUCUCCUCGCCAGUACACACUGACCCGACGAGCGACACCUACCCUCUACUCUGCCUCCUCGAGCAACCCUCCUCCUCCUCCCCUCUCCCCGUGAGGCAGAGUGAGCUCCGCUUUAGUCGCCACCACCACUACGACUGCGUUCUUGACAACCAUGGCCUCCACGCUUCUCCUCAUGCUGUCCCUCUCCUUGAGUUUCCUUUUCGUAUCCCUCGUCUACUAUCUGCUUUUGAGAGCUUUCCAUACCAGGUCGGGAAACCUUCCCCUGCCUCCGGGCACCAUGGGUUGGCCUUAUAUCGGAGAGACCUUUCAGCUCUACUCCAACAAUCCUAACACCUUCUUCGCCCUCAAACAGAAGAGGUACGGGCCCGUGUUUAAGACACACAUACUAGGAUGUCCCUGCGUGAUGGUGUCGAGCCCUGAGGCGGCAAGGUUCGUGCUGGUAACGCGGGCGCACCUGUUCAAGCCGACGUUCCCCGCGAGCAAGGAGCAGAUGCUGGGCCCGCAGGCUAUCUUCUUCCAGCACGGAGAUUACCACGCCCGCCUCCGCCGCCUCGUCCUCCGGGCGUUGAAGCCUGAAGGCAUUCGCGGUUCCAUCGCCGGCAUCGAGGAGGUCGCUCUCCGGGCCUUGCAGUCCUGGGACGGUCGCUUGAUCAAUACCUUCCACGAAAUGAAGACGUACGCGUUCAACGUGGCACUGCUGUCUAUCUUUGGGAAAGAUGAGCUUUCCUACAUAGAGGAUCUGAAGCAGUGUUACUACACCCUAGAGAAGGGCUACAACUCCAUGCCUAUCAACCUACCCGGGACCCUGUUCUACAAGGCAAUGAAGGCCAGGAAACAGCUCGCACAGAUUGUGGCCAAGAUUGUCCUAUUCAGGAGGACGAAGUUGAAGACAGAGGACAGUGGCCUACUUGGUUCUUUUAUGGAAGCCAAAGAAGCCCUGACGGACGACCAGAUUGCCGACAACAUCAUCGGGGUCAUCUUUGCGGCCCGGGACACCACUGCUAGUGUGCUCACCUGGAUCGUGAAGUACCUCGGAGAGAAUCCAGGCAUCUUACAAGCAGUCACCGAAGAGCAAGAGGAAAUUAUGAAGAGCAAACAAGUGGGUGAUGAUGAGAAAUCGCUGACUUGGGCUGAUACCAAGAGGAUGCCAUUCACUUCCAGGGUGAUUCAGGAAACGAUGAGGGUGGCUUCGGUCCUAUCUUUCACCUUUAGAGAAGCGGCGGAAGAUGUGGAGUGCGAAGGGUAUCUCAUUCCCAAGGGUUGGAAGGUGUUGCCACUCUUCAGAAACAUUCACCACAGUCCGGAUAACUUCACCGACCCGGAAAUUUUUGAUCCCUCAAGAUUUGAGGUGGGCAAAGGAGGACAGCCUCCCCCUAUCUCAAUCAAUCUCCUUCCCCUCUCCUCUUCUGCAGACAAAUCAGUCUCUCUUUCUGUGUUCAUCCGCUGCAGGUCGCUCCAAAACCCAACACUUUCAUGCCCUUCGGGAACGGGUCCCACUCCUGCCCUGGCAAUGAGCUUGCUAAGCUGGAGAUGCUGGUCCUCCUCCAUCACUUCACGACUAAAUACAGGUAACCCAGCCGAAACCAUCAAACAAACACUUGUAUUCUAUCAACAGUUGGAUGUCGCGUGGGGACAAUUGCAUCCGUUGACCACUUGAUCAAUGAUGAUGCGUUACUGUGCUCUUUCUUUCUCUAUCAGGUGGUCUAUGCUGGGAAACCAAAGCGGUAUUCAGUUUGGACCUUUUGCGCUGCCCCAGAAUGGCCUGCCCUUGAGAUUCUCUCUCAAGUCACGAGUCGAGGAAUAAAGAGUCUGAUCGUCUUCAGUCACGUCAUAUGCCGUCCAAAAGUUGCAGCCAAAGGCGACUUUCCGCGGUUAUAGUUUCAAGAAGCAGUACUCGGCAAUCAAGAGGAGGAUUGCGAGAAAGGCAUCAUACUCAGAGGAGGGAGGAACCCGAAAAGGGCUUCUCGACGGCAUGUUGUAUAUACUCCUAUCAAUUCAGAUCACUGAGGGAAGUUACUCGACUCUGGAGCCUAGUAUAUACCCUGUAAACAGGCUUGCUCUUGUAUCGGGAGAGUUAUGUUGGUUUCUGUCUGUCGGAUCACAUGCUUAAUGGCAAUUCCAAGCGAAAGGAUCGUGGGAAAGAACAA